UUUACAUUUUCAUCUCCGUACAGUUUCCAUCACCGAGAAUCCGAGAGAACACUCGCAACGCCAUGGCUACCUCGUUGGCAUUGAUGGCGGCUCGUCGAGCAGCUAUCUGUAAUCGGCUAUCGACUUCUAGCUCAUCCGCUCAAGCUGCGUCUUUUGUCACCCGCCGCGGCCUUGCAGGCGCUGCUGAUCACCAUGGACCUCCAAAGGUAAAUUUUUGGGAAGAUCCCAUGAGCCCAUCGAAGUGGAAGGAAGAGCAUUUUGUACUUAUCUCCCUGGCUGGAUGGGCUACAGCAAUCUAUGGUGGAUAUAAGUUCUUUACUGGAGGAAAGAAGAAUAAGGAAGAGAAUGUGGUUCAAGUGUCUUAGUAAAGCUGGAACUUUUGGGAUGCAUUAGUGAUGAUGGGAUUUUGCUAGCAAUAAUGCAGUUGUUCUUUUUGAUGCCAUUUAUGGGUUUCAUCUUUAUCUAUUUGGAUGUGCAAUGCCUAGUUCACGUUUAAUGUACCCUAAAUCUCUCCUGAACUACUGCACAAGUUUCUUUUAUGGACCGCAUUGAUGUGUGUUUAGUUGGCA